AUGACAAUCAUUAAUAAUAGUAAUGAUGGUACAAUAUCACAAAUAACCAAGCGAUUUAAAAGAAAAAAAGAAUCAUCACAAAGAAAGAUUGAAAUAGAUUGUAAUAAAAAUAGUAGUAUCGAUUGUAAUAAUAAUAAUAUAGAACAUCAACAGCAACAACAACAACAACCAACAAAAUAUAUAUCAAACUGGAUAUCAACAACCAAAUAUACAAUUUUAACUUUUAUUCCAAAGAAUUUGUUCGAACAAUUCAGAAGAGUAGCCAAUUUAUAUUUUCUAUUUAUUUUAAUAAUUUCAUAUACACCGGUAUCACCAGUUGCACCUGGACCAAGUACGAUCAAUCUCGGUAUUGUUUUGCUGAUCAAUGCAGUCAAAGAGGCUUAUGAGGAUUUCCGUAGAUAUCAAUCGGAUAAACGUAUAAAUUAUCAGAGUACGAAAGUGAUAAGGAAUUCAAAGUUGAUCGAUAUCUUUUGGAAGGAUCUAGAGGUUGGUGAUGUAGUGCGAGUGGACAGCGAUGAACAAUUCCCAGCGGAUUUGGUUCUGCUGUCUUCCUCAUCGGAAUCACCAGGAAUGUGUUAUGUUGAAACAUCGAAUCUCGACGGAGAGUCAAAUCUAAAGAGUAAACAGUCACUAGUGGAAACAAACAAUUUGAAAUCGGUAGAAGAUUUCAUUGGUGCGAAAUUAUUGAUUGAAUACGAAACACCAUCGCAUCUUUUAAACAAAUUCGAUGGUAGAAUUACCAUUAACAAUGAAGAUACAUUACCAUUAAAUGUUGAACAAUUAUUAGUAAGAGGUACACAAUUAAAGAAUACAAAAUGGAUAUAUGGUGUUGUUGUUUAUACUGGACAUGAAACUAAGUAUAUGUUGAAUACAAUGGCAACACCUUCCAAGAAGAAUCUUUACAUUUGUUGUAUUGUAUUCCACGAUCGUUCCAAUAUCACUGUAUGUCACGAUGGAGAUUGUCAGAGUUUUCCAGGUGAUUUCAAUCAAUCGCGAUAA